GAGACUCAACACAGAAGUGGGUUGAGCUACUCCUGACUCCUGAGACUAGGCAAUAUGGAAAAGACCCGAAACCCACAAAGGGCUGAUGUGAUGCCUGUGGAUACAAGGCUGUGACUGCUAGCAGCGGCAUGAAGUACAUAUGAGGAGAUGCGCUCACGCUUCCAAGGAGAAGCGCCGUGGGCGGACCAACAUCAGAUACUACUCACCAGUCAGCUAGUCUGGGCUUGCAGUGUCCGGAGCUUGCGCUGUGUAGCCUAUCAGGUCAAGACACCGCAGAAUGGGCUCUUCUUUAUCGCACAAUUGGAUAAGUAAAACGAUGCACUUGGUCUCCAUGUGGCUCAUCCCCGUAAUGAUGAGCAUGGAAGAAGUCACCUCUCUCGGCAUGUGCCACAGUGUGUAUUUCGAGCUCACAUCCACUUUGAGCAUUCGGUCUGACAAAAUCACUGGUCUAAUGACAAAAGAGGACGUCUGUCAUGAUAAGUGUCUCGACAAGACUGAAGAGCUGGUGUGGAUGAAAGGCCGGGAACACGAUACCUGCCAUCGACACGGACCGCUAUGUUCACAGCUCGUACCAGAAAUUAUUGGCGACCUUGCUUACCCGUCUGAUCAGUACACCCACUCAGACAUGUACUAUCAGCAAGGCACUGCCGCUUCUUAUGGCCUUGGGUUUAAUCCCGCAACAUCCUCAAGCUCCUUCUUAGGCUCUUUAUGGCCCGGAAGUGGCUACAAGCAGACAGCUCAGGUCGGGGCCUACAAGGUCUCCAAAUUUUUUACGUGCAAGUGCACUAUGAGGGCUCACUAUCCGAAGAUCUCCUUGGGACCCUUGUCAGCAAUCCACCUGCCUCCUCAAGGCGGCAUUUAUCAAUCGGCCGCUUGUGAUCCCCAAGCUGUCGCAGAAAGGCAUGUUCUUGGAUCAUGGCAGCUUAGCAGCUUUGGACCAUCUCUAGGACCAUCGGAGGUGGUCGAGUUUGAGUGUGACGAGGACUUAACAAGUGACGACGGAUUCAAAUAUGAGGAUGCCGAAUACUGCAGGAUACAUGGAUACGAACCGCUCAACACUGAGAGCUUUGAAACAUUUGGAACUGCUUUUCUUCCAAUCCAGGGCCAAAUUGAGGACCCAUAACGAUGACCAACUUUCACAGUCUUCACCAUUGGUCCCACUCCGGCACCAUGGUCUCACGCCUGAAUACAGCUUUCGCCGUGGUCGCAAAGCUGAAGCAGAAUGACAUACAAGUCAAGGGCCGUCGUCGGAAUGAAUCUGCUGAUGCCUGUCUUAGCUUGUAGUCGCUCUCGUAUCUUAAGAACACAUCUGAUGAUCACAAUCGUGUCAAGUCUACGCGAGCACUCCUUUCAAGUGUGUUCCGCUGAUCGACGUGUC